AUGCUCUGUGCGCAUGUGCGAAGGUGUCCAAACUGACAAUGCUUGGGAGAUGAAGAUAGUGUGUAGCUGCUUCUGGGCUCAAGGAGGAGGAGAGGAAUCCGCAAGCCGACACGAUGAGAUCCAAGGCGAGGGCGAGAAAACUGCCCAAAAGUGACAGCGAGAUUGUAAAUAAUAUGUACGAGACCGACCCUGAGCUCCUUGCUGGCGAAAGCGCAGAGGAGGAAACAGAGGACAGUAUCAUGUCCCCCAUCCCUGUCGGACCUCCAUCACCCUUUCCCACCAGCGAGGACUUCACUCCCAAGGAGGGCUCACCUUAUGAAGCUCCCGUCUACAUUCCUGAGGACAUUCCAAUCCCAGCAGAUUUUGAACUCAGAGAAUCUUCGAUCCCAGGGGCAGGGCUAGGGAUUUGGGCCAAAAAGAAGAUUGAAGUUGGGGAAAGAUUUGGACCUUAUAUGACAGUUCAAAGGAGCACGUUAAAGGAAACAAACUUUGGAUGGGAGCAAAUUCUGACUGAUCCUGAGGUGACCUCCCAAGAGGGCAACAUAAAAAAGGAACUCCUGAGAGUCCUUCCUUGGGCCUUUGUGUUACUGGAAUUGCUGCGGAAGCAAAUCAAACCUUGCUGUGUGAUACUGACGCAGUCUGAGGUCGGGGCCCCCAAGAAGCAGUUGUUUUUUUGGGAGGGCGCUGCCGCCGCCCGUCCGAGCGGGGCUGUGCCGACGCCUUCGGUCCGUGCCUGCCCCGCUCCCGGCCGCGCCGCGCAGCAGCAGCAGCAGCGCUCGGCUCCCCGCACCCAGCGGCAGAGCCUGGGCAAGCAGCGGGCUGGGGCUCCCUGCUCCGGGACUCGCUCUCCCCGUAACCCACUGACCUGGCGGCUGGGACCACCCCACCGUGCUUCUGUCAGCCUUCUGUCGUGA